CUCUAGCCUCUCAGGCCGCGCUUUCGUUGCCUCUCAAUGUAUGUGCCGAAUCUCCCACAGAAGAUUGCUCAACAACAAUUAGAAAAAAAAAAAAAAGCAACAAAUUCACAAAGCUUCUGUAGAUCACGAGGGAGAUCCAAUUUUGUCUGAACUUCGUGUUUGAGAUCGAGAGACAGCGUGAGCCUUCGGUUUGGUUCUCCCCGGUCGCCAGCUGUAUCCUACAUUGUUUGGAUCGGAUUCCAUUUGGUGUUGUUCAUCCAAUUCGGUGGUUGGAAACCGAGUUCUUUGAAUUUCAAAAGCUUCUGAAUGCGUAUGCUUCUCGAUGAGGUUGUUUGGAUGCCAUGAAUCUACAUUUCUGUUGAAUCAAUUCUCAAAUACUUUUUGCUGGCGUAUUCAUUUCCCCCUCAAGAUCUCCCUUUUGUUUGUACAUGCAAUAGUGGGGUAGAACUGUGAAGCAUCGUAUUCAAAUACAAAUUCCCAUAGCUUUUACGAAGACCUCUGGAUUUGUCAUCUGAAGUUUGAAGGUUGUGGAUAUCAUUUCUUUCAAGUAGGUACGAUGGAUCCAUUAUCAGCAAUUAGCGAGUCUCUGGCGGAGAUCGACGGACAGAUCAGUGACAUUUUCCGUGCUUUAUCAAAUGGAUUUCAGAAAUUGGAGAAGAUUAAGGAUUCAAAUAGGCAGAGCAGGCAGCUGGAAGAGCUGACCGAUAAAAUGCGAGAUUGUAAGCGGCUUAUAAAAGAGUUUGACGCAGAAGUCAAGGCUCUGGAGGGUAGAAAUGAUAGAGAAACCAACAAGAUGCUGAAUGAGAAGAAGCAGUCCAUGAUCAAAGAGUUAAAUUCAUAUGUCGCUCUUAAAAAGCAAUAUGCCACAGAUAUUGAGAAUAGACGAAUUCAGCUCUUUGAGGGGCCUAAUGAAGGUUAUGCGGAAGAAAAUGUCUUGCUAGCUUCCUCAAUGACAAAUCAACAGUUGAUUGGUAGAGGGAAUCAGAUGAUGGAUGAGACAGAUCAAGCCAUUGAGAGGGGAAAGAAGGUUGUUCAAGAGACGAUAGAUGUUGGUGUAGAGACCAAUGCAGCUCUUAAGGCUCAGACGGAACAAAUGAGCAGAAUCGUCAAUGAGCUUGAUUCUAUCCAUUUCUCCAUAAAGAGAGCCACUAAAUUGGUGAAGGAAAUCGGCAGGCAGGUUGCUACUGACAAGUGUAUUAUGGCAUUGAUGGUUCUUAUUGUGAUUGGAGUGAUAGCAAUCAUAAUUGUGAAGAUUGUGCACCCAAACAACAAGGACAUUCGGGAUAUUCCAGGAUUAGCACCCCCAGCGCAGACCCGGAAGCUGCUUUGGAGUCAGAGUUGACCUAUUAUUUAGCGUGUGAGCGAUGAGCUCUUCUGAUUGGGUCUUGCCUGUUCUUUGCUUUGAUGGCCAUGAGGUUGGCUGCAGCUAAUUUUUCAUAGCAGAGCUUGCUCAGUUGCUUUUCCAUCUGAUUUUAUGUAGAGAUUGGUUGACCUGGGAAUGGUAGGCCCAGCUUUCCUAUAUUGUGGUUAUUGAAGGGUUUGAUCAUUAAUUAUUCAAUGAUUCAAUGAUUAAGCAAAUUUUCUGUAGAGCUACAGAGUAUUAAUGAGCCGACGAGAUUGAUUGUUAAAUGUAUUUUUAUAUGUUGCUGUCGGUUUUCUAAGACAAGCUUACAGCUUAAUUUUCGUUAUGGGAAUUUAUUCAAUUACUAUUUUUUUUUGACAA